GCACAGUAUUCGAUGGCCGACCUAUAGAGUCUUUAUCUCUGAUUGAUGCAGUAAUGCCUGAUGUAGUACAGACCCGGCAACAGGCUUUCAGGGAGAAAUUAGCUCAGCAGCAAGCCAGCGCAGCAGCAGCAGCAGCUGCUGCUGCCGCCGCCACCACAAUCGCAGCCGCCACGACAGUGGCAACGGUGGCAACAACAACGGCUGUUCAGCAGCAGAAUACACCAAAGAAUGGGGAAGCCACUGUGAAUGGGGAGGAGAACGGGGCACAUGCAAUAAAUAAUCAUUCAAAGCCAAUGGAAAUCGAUGGGGAUGUUGAAAUUCCUCCUAACAAAGCAACAGUCCUUCGCGGCCAUGACUCGGAGGUCUUUAUCUGUGCCUGGAAUCCUGUUAGUGAUCUGCUAGCAUCAGGGUCUGGAGACUCAACAGCCCGAAUAUGGAAUCUUAAUGAAAACAGCAACGGUAGUUCCACUCAACUAGUUUUGAGGCACUGUAUAAGAGAAGGAGGCCAUGAUGUCCCCAGCAAUAAGGAUGUAACAUCAUUAGACUGGAAUAGUGAUGGAACGCUAUUGGCAACAGGAUCCUACGAUGGUUUUGCAAGAAUAUGGACAGAAGAUGGGAACCUUGCAAGCACCUUAGGUCAACAUAAAGGGCCCAUCUUUGCUCUCAAGUGGAACAAAAAGGGGAAUUACAUUUUAAGUGCUGGUGUUGACAAAACAACAAUAAUUUGGGAUGCUCAUACAGGAGAAGCUAAACAGCAGUUUCCUUUCCACUCAGCCCCUGCUCUGGAUGUGGACUGGCAGAACAACACUGCUUUUGCAUCCUGCAGCACUGAUAUGUGCAUACAUGUAUGCAGGCUUGGCUGUGAUCGUCCCGUCAAGACUUUUCAAGGCCAUACGAAUGAGGUCAAUGCAAUCAAGUGGGAUCCUUCUGGUAUGCUUCUAGCAUCUUGCUCAGACGAUAUGACAUUAAAGAUAUGGAGUAUGAAGCAAGAUACAUGUGUACAUGACCUUCAGGCACAUAACAAAGAGAUUUAUACUAUCAAAUGGAGUCCGACGGGACCAGGCACCAGCAACCCGAACUCCAAUGUUAUGUUAGCAAGUGCUUCGUUCGACUCUACUGUUCGACUGUGGGACGUUGAGAGGGGAGUCUGCACUCACACAUUAACCAAACAUCAAGAACCCGUCUACAGCGUAGCGUUUAGUCCUGAUGGAAAAUACUUAGCAAGUGGGUCCUUUGACAAAUGUGUCCAUAUAUGGAAUACUCAGAGUGGAAGUCUGGUACAUAGCUACAGAGGCACGGGGGGAAUAUUUGAAGUCUGCUGGAACGCUAGAGGAGAUAAAGUGGGAGCCAGUGCAUCUGAUGGAUCGGUUUGUGUUCUAGACUUGCGAAAGUAAAUGCUUUAGACUAAAUUGCAAAUGGACCAGCAGUUGAAUGUGUGGGUAGAAGCAUUCUUCAAAACUAUUCUUGACAUCGCUAGGACUGCAAGAACUGGGAGGAAACAAACAGGAACGGGGGGGAAGCUAAAGUGUGGAAGAGACACAGCUCUCCCAGGUGCCUGGAGCCUGCAAUGUUUUGUCCAUAACAUUCACCAAGGAGUCAAAUAACAUACAGUCACUUAGGGGGGAGGGUGUGGGGAUAGAUUCCACCUAGAACCUUGAGCCUAUGGAAGCAAGAAGACCAUCACCAGCUAAAAGCCUGCCUGUUUGAUUUGGGUCUCCAAGACCUCAGUCUGAUGGCUACAGAAGAGAAGAAGAGAAGCUGUGCCAAAAAUAAUAAUAUAAUAAUAAACCUAUAAAGCUAAAGUGCUUUGAUUAAACCAAAAUGGAAAGAAGAAUCCUCCUCCUCCAUGUGGUGUAGUAUUUUUUCCCUUCCAAUCGGGACACUACAGUUGCUCUCCCAAAGGACAUUCAAAGACCAGUUUGUACCAACAACACGUGCAACUUUGUAAUCACAACACUUUGUAUCUUCUAGACUACUUUUAUUUGUUCAGUGGACUUUCGUUUUCCUAUCAGCUGGAAUAUUAGGCCUUGAGGAUCACAGGCUUAGCUUUGAACUGAAUAUUUUCUUCUCUUUUUCCAGUCUUUUCUUUUUUCUUUUCCUUUUUUUGGUCUGGGGUUUCCCCCACCCCCUCCUUUAUGCCUUCAGUAGGUGCAGCCAGGUGGGCAAAAUGAAAAGGUGUAAGAGACUGCCUCUCUCUCCUCUUUUCUUCUCUCCCCUUUCUCCUCCUCUCCCAGCUUCUUCUUCCUCUUCUGUUUUUUUAAAUUAUUCCAUGCUUCAGAUCUUAGAGUCUCAAGGGCACUUUCAUCAGAUUGUGUAAUAAGUGCUUUAUGUAAGAAUGCAGUGCCGGGAAAGCUUUUUACAGGAGAAAAAUGACUUUUUGAAAAAAGAAAGAACCCAGUGUAUUUUUGGAGAGGAAAAAAGUAUUUUUUAUGUUAAACACAAUUUUAGAAGCUUAAAGUGUCCACCAGAUGUAGACUGGAUUGUGUUAGUCAUUUGAAAGAACAAUGCAAAUGGAAUCUGAUACACAUUUAAAGAUGCAGUGUCCCUUUUAUCUCCUCAUAAAAGGCAUUUUGCUAAAGCAACAAAGGUCAAGGUGCUGCUUCUUUUUGAUCAGCCUUCUGCAAGAGAAAAUGACAAAAGGCUUGCGUGUUUUAGUUUCAUUGGCAGGACUUUGUG